GGCAAUUUCGAGCGGAAUGGCACGUUUUCGCGUAGAUCGAAAUGCGAUCUGUUCGACCUGUCGUGUCGCUUUAGGUCUGCUAGCGCCAAAUGCUCAGGAGGAUGUUACACGGACGAGCCUUUGCGCUGCGCGCUACGUGCGCAGGCCGGUUCGCUUCAGCGCCAGCAUGUCGAGUCGCUAUGGUACACAGCAGCAUGUUCCGCCAUAGCACAUCUCGUACCUUGUCGCGCUCGAGCACAAACGGCCUCCGAAAGGUAUAAGAUGGAGCACCUCGAGCUCGUCAUUCCCAACCAAUCUCUCCUCAUCAAACACAAUCCACUCCUCUCUCCUCUCUCUCUCUUCUCUCUCAAAAAAACUUAAAAACCCCUCUCUCGGUUCUAAACCACCAAAACUCUAAUCAAAAUGCAGUUCGCUCGCUUCGCCAUCUUCACCGCACUCGUUGCCAGCGCCGUCAUGGCCGCUCCCUCUCCCCAAGUCGGCGGUGAGGUCACGCCAGACACCAACACUGCUGCCAGCUCUAACGGCUCUUGCUCCGUCGGCACUGCUCAAUGCUGCGGCACCACCAAGUCUGGCGAUGACGCCAAGGACCUCGGAGCUCUGCUCGGCUUCACCGACCUGGUCGGAACUCUUGGUCUCUCUUGCCAAAAGAUCCCCAUCAACAUCAUUGGCGCUGCUGCCAACGUUGACAACCAGUGCAAGCAGACCCCCGUCUGCUGCACUGGCGAGCGUCACAACGGCCUCGUCCAGGUCGGCUGCACUCCUCUCCCCAUCAACUAAGCGGGUCGAUCACGACUACGCGCAGGGGCAGAGAUAGAGUUUCACUUUUCAUCUUCUGACACAAGGCCGCUCCACGGGACCAGGCAGAAGACCAGAGAGAGAGACGAUAAGAGAGAGAAGAGGGAUCAACCUCCUCGACUCGUCCAUCACUCGAUGGCAUCCCCCCUCCGCUCGCUUCAUUCGAUCGGACAGUCUUGAAUCUUUACACCAUUCUUCUGCAUUUGUAAUCCUUUUACAAUCCAUCCACCAAACCUAAUUCCAUCCGCACCCCUACUCACCGCAACCCCCUCGCACCUUUCAAUCGCAUGCCAUCUUUCUCACCCCUACACCCCUCAUCUUGUUCGACCAGAUCUUCUUGACGACACUUUUUGAACGAUGACCAUUCUUCUCUC